GCCCGGACGGGCCCCGGGGGUGUCGGCGUGUGCGCAUGCUCCGUGCGCAGGGUCGUGCUCUGGGCGGCGGAGUCUGGCCGCCAGUGCUCCAGUUCUCCGCGCGCCUCCGGGACGGUGGCGGCGGUCGGCGUGUCAGCUUGGUGACGGCGUGAGGCAGCGCCGGGCCGGCGGGCGGGGGCCCUGUGGGAGAGGCAGGGUCGACCGCAGAGUUCCUUUGAGGUCACAUGGAUAUGAAAUAUGGAGUCACCUUUGACAGCUUCGCCGCAGAAAGAGAGAGCCUACUUUCUUAUGGAAAGACCGUGACGAAAACAAGCAGCCAAAGGAAUCAGGCCAGACGGCCACAAGACAAAUGGCUUGUGCUCUAAAGAAAAGGAUUUAUUCACCGACAUUACUUUUAGCACUUUAAAAAAAAUCUUUUUUGUUGUAAGCUAUACAAAUCUCUUUUAAAAUUCAACACGUAAAAAUCCUUAAGGCCAUGUUUCAAGUAGCCUUCUUCUGUAGUUUUCCAAACUUGAUGUUUCUGUACCCUGUUCUCACCCGACAAAGCCCUCAACGUGAACAGCUUCAGGAAAGAUAUGGACUUGGAAGCUUAUGCUCUUGCGACAAACUGCGGUGAGGUUCCGGGGGCAGCUCGAGGCAUCGCUUGCUCUGUCGGAAGCAGCGCGGCAGCCUAGAGCUGCGCCCAUGCGGACGCAGCGGCAUGGCGUGGGUGAGGUUCCUGCGGAAGCCGGGCGGCAACCUGGGCCGGGCGUUCCAGCCCGGGAGUGUGCUGUCGCUGGCGCCCACCAAGGGCCUGCUGAACGAGCCAGGGCAGAAUAGCUGCUUCCUCAACAGUGCCGUGCAGGUCUUAUGGCAGCUGGACAUAUUCCGAAGGAGCCUGCGGGUGCUGAGCGGACACGUCUGCCAGGGGGAGGCCUGCAUAUUCUGUGCGCUGAAGACGAUGUUCGCCCAGUUUCAACACAGCCGGGAAAAGGCCCUGCCAUCGGACAACGUGCGGCGCGCCCUGGCCGAGAGCUUCAGGGACGAGCGCAGGUUCCAGCUGGGCCUCAUGGACGACGCGGCCGAGUGCUUUGAGAACAUCCUGGAGAGGAUCCACUUCCACAUCGUGCCAGGCCAGGACGCAGACAUGUGCACCUCCAAGUGCUGCAUCGCCCACCAGAAGUUCGCCAUGACUCUGUACGAGCAGUGUGUGUGUCGCAGCUGCGGAGCUUCCUCGGACCCUCUGCCCUUCACAGAGUUUGUGCGGUACAUUUCAACAACAGCCCUGUGCAAUGAAGUGGAGCGGACGCUGGGAAGGCACGAGCGCCGCAGGCCCGAGACGUUCGCCGAGGUGCUGCAGGCGGCCAGCACGGCCGACGACUACCGCAAGUGCCCCAGUAACUGUGGCCAAAAAAUAAAAAUUCGCCGUGUUUUAAUGAACUGCCCAGAGAUUGUUACCAUUGGUUUAGUCUGGGAUUCUGAGCACUCUGACCUGACUGAAGACGUUGUUCGGAAUCUGGCAACACAUCUUUAUCUUCCUGGGCUUUUUUAUAGGGUCACUGAUGAAAAUGCCAAAAAUAGUGAACUCGACCUUGUUGGCAUGAUCUGCUACACCAGCCGACACUAUUGUGCCUUCGCCUUUCAUACCAAGAGUUCCAAGUGGGUAUUUUUUGACGACGCAAAUGUGAAAGAGGUUGGCGCCCGGUGGAAGGACGUGGUCUCCAAGUGCCUCCGCUGCCAUUUCCAGCCGCUGCUCCUGUUCUACGCAGACCCCGAGGGCACGGCCGUCUCCACGGAGGACGCUCCCCGGCAGGUCGUCAGCUGGUCCCCUCCCAGAUCCGUCGCAGAAAACAUGGGAUGUGAAAAGCCCUCAAUUUAUAAGUCAGAUAAUACAAAAGAAAAUGGAUUUGGUGACCAGGCCAAACAGAGAGAAAAUCAGAAAUUUCAAACAGAUAAUAUUUCAUCACUUAGUCGGAGCCACACUCAAACCAGUGGUGGCAGAGGACCAGUUAAGUUAAGUUACAGUGAUCAGAGGGAAAAAAUAAAAGACAUUUCCCGGGAAUGUGCUCUGAAGGCCUUGGAACAGAGGAACUUACUUUCCUUACAAAAAAAAGAUCUGGGGCGACCGAGAGAUCCGCUCGACGACGGCCUGCCGCCCUUCAAGCCCGGGUCGCCUCCAGCCCCAGGUGGUGUCGGGCCGUCGGGCAGCGCACACCCGCCCCCGCGGCCCGGGAAGGGGCCGUGCCAGCCCGCCCCGCCGAGUCGUGCUUCCGUGCAGCCGUCGGGCUCGGGGAAGCGGCCGACUCCGGCCGCGGGGCAGAAGGUGGCCAGCACAGCCCGGAGCGAGGGUGUCACCGGAUACGACACCGACAGCAGCCAGGACGCCCGGGAGAAAGGGAGCAGCUGUAAUGGCAGCAGCCGGAGCCGGAGCCGAGGCUGGAAGCCUCUGAGAGAGACGCUAAAUGUCGACAGCGUCUUUAGCAAAAGCGACAGAAGGCAGCACAGUCCGAGACACAAAUCCGGUGCCAGCCACAGACCUGCAGGCAGCAAGGAGCAGAACUUCCCCGACCAGCCGAACGGGGACCCGAAGCAGAGAUGCCUCACGACCAUCUACGAAGACAGCCGGAAGCAGGAGGCCGGUGGCAGGGGCUCCCCGGAGGGCGUCGGGCGGGGCGCGGAGGGCAGGGCCAGCCUCCGAGCAGUGGGGGCGCCCGGCGACGCCUGGCAGGCACAGAGGGCCGAGUCCGGCUACGAGAGCAGCGACCACGUCAGCAACGGGUCUGCCAACCCGGACUCUCCCGUCACCGACGGCAGCGGCAGCAGCAGCGGCCCGGAGCCCAGCGGCCCGGGUGACGUGGCUUCCCGCAGUGACCAGAUUCAGACAAGCAACCGAAACACAGACCAUGUGAACUUGGCCCCGCAACAGAGUAAAAACCACUUAGAAGGUAAAGUUUCACGUUUUAGAAAAGAAUUCAAGAAUUUGGAGGUAGGCUGUAAAUCUCAGGAGUUCUACCCAGAAUCACAUCUACAGAUAAAAAAUCCUUUGGGGAAAAGGUCGCCGGUGCCCGACGCCAGCGGAAAGCGACCCCCUUGGUCCAGCCCGCAGGCCCGCAAGGCCCGCGCGGCCAGCGAGCUCGCCCCGCGUCCCGAGGAGCCGCAGCUGGACAGCGAUGGCAUGUGGCUGAGCGCAGGGGACGCCGAGGGGGCAGCCUCCCUCCUUCCCACGGAGGGCCGGCCCGCUGCCGGGAGGAGAAGGGGCGACGCCUCGGCCCCGCCCGGGAGCACCGCUGCCGCGCCCCCGGGGAACACUGCGCCCCUGUGUCCCGCGGAGGGCUCCGUCUGUGGGGAUCACGGGCUCCGGGCUGCCCUGAUGCCAAAGCCCCUCUGCCAGAACCCACCGCCCCCUCUGCCACCAAAAAAGGGCGCCCUGCCCUGCGCGCCGCCAUUGGAGAAGGACGAGAGCAGGCUGCCCGAGGCGCCCAGAGCCCGAUCCUCAGGCGCCCCACAGCCGGGCGCGGCCUCGGCCUCCGAGCCGGGCUCCGAAGCGAGGACGUGUGCGAGGGACGGCAGGCUCGCGGGGCCCUUUCCCGCCGGAGCCCCCUUGGGCGCCGCGCCGGGCCCCCCAGGAGUGGACGCCAGCCCCCCCUGCGCGAGCGAGCCGGUGUCGCUGACCACCUAUUUCUCCGUGGACAGCUGCAUGACGGAUACGUACCGACUAAAGUACCAUCAGCGGCCCAAGCUCUGGCUUCCGGAGCGCGCGGACUCCUGCCGUGAGUCCGCAGCAUCACCAGGCGAAGGCGGCCCGGGAGCGGCGCCGUCUGUGGAGCCGAGAGGCAAACCCGGGCCGCCCUGCAGCCGGUGACCGGGGGCGGCGCUCUCACGGUCCUUCGGGCGGCGUGGACGGACCAAGCCCAACGGAAAAGGCAGCGCGCAGCCUGGCAUUUUACAGCUGCUGCGCCCUUUAACGCGCUUUCUGUUUUUAUUUUGUGACAGCCGAUUUACUGGCUGUUUUAGAAGCCCCUUCGAAUUGUCUUGGGAUGCCUCGAAAAAGAGAAAGCCAGCGGUGUGCCUACUCACUUGCUUCGCGCUGAAGUUGAAUAAAAAUGGAAGUUGUCCCUUUAUUUUGUGGUUCAUAGCCCCCAAGGGAGUAAACGAACCUGUCCUCGCGCAUGUGGAUCGGUAGACCGCUGGCUGGGAUGCGCCCGGGGCGGCGUGGCCUGUGCAGCUGGAGCAGGACCCGUGAGGAGGUGGCACUGGCGCCCUGCGCCCCGACUGCCGAGAGGGCGCCGCCCCAUCCAUGUGUCUUAGAGAACACCACCCCGUGGACCUGAUAACAUUUGCCGGGGGGAAAGCCUUAAUGAUAAAGACAUUUUAAAAUUCCCUUCUCAAGGUCUGAACAGAAGAGACUUCAUUUUGCUCCUAGGACUUUCAUGCCUGGUGAACCAAAAUUAGGCCUUGACUGUUGCGUGUGUCCACAGAUGUUGCUUCAGCCAGGUAAGCUAAAACAGUUCAAGUGCUUCAGUCUAUGUAUUUGCCGUGUUACAUUUUUCUAAUUUCGUGUGAACUGUGAAAGGUUUUCAUUUUGGCCCGGGUGACUCGGGGCUGCCACCUGGUGUUGGGAACGGCCCAGGCUCCGGGAGCCGCGCUGCACCCGCGCGCCUCGCCCCCGCCGGUGCGGGCCUGCAGGGUGUCGCCGGCGCCUGGGUUCCGGGGCCUGAGUCUGAAAACCUUUCUGAGUUUCCAGAUAAAAUCUCUGCCUUUCAUGAGAGGGUCUAGUUUUAAUGAAACGUCACUUUACCCUCACCGUCAUGGAGAGGGCCUUACUUUUAAAUAAAAUAAAGGGAUUUCCCGUUAUGACGAUGACCUGACAAGGAUGAAAAUGUUACUUUAAUUGCCUAUUUCAUUAGUUGUCAUUUUAUUUUGUACUAAGCUGGUAAACUAAUUGUGGCUUAGACUAGUCUUGUAUUGUCCACUCCAGAGAAUUAAGAAUUCAAAUUUCCCUUACAUUUGUCAAUGGAUAAAGUUUAUAGAUACAAUGUGAUAAUUCUAUAAACAAAUUACUAAGUUUAAUGUUUUGGCCAGUUCCGUAAAUCACUAAAAUAUUCCAAAAUUUAAACAAUUAAACAUACUCUAGACUGUUGGAAAGGAAGUGCUUAUAAAAGUCUAACCCGACGCGGUCCCCACGCCCUGGCCAGCUGUCCUGCCGCCAGGAGAAGCCCCUCGUGGCCUUUUCUAGCUGUAGCCGUCAGUGUCGCCUUCUCUGAGUUUAGAAAUACUUGAAUAUCAACUGAAUUAAAUUUAAUCUCUUAGAAAGCUUAUUUUUUAACAUAACUUUUAGUAUGGAACAUUUGUAAAAACUGUAAACUUUGUAAAACUGUAUUUGAAAUGUCAGUGUAUAUAAAUAUUGCUUUUAUAACAUUGUAAAAUACUAGAAAACGGGCUUCCUUCAAGUAUUUUAUUUUUAAUAGCUUUCAAAAACUUUGUGUAGGUUUUUUGUUGUUGUUUGGUCAAGCUGUCCAGUUCAAAUCUAUUAUUUGAAAUGGUUCAACUAAUUUCUGGUAUUUAACAGCAAUAUCCUAGAUUUGUAUCUUCAGCUCGCAGCUGAGUUGCAGACAUCAACUAGACAUGUCCUAUCCGGGCUCUUUUGAAAGCGCCGUCCGGGUGAGGCUCCUGCAUCCUGUCAGUGCUGACAGACUGGAAACCGGCCGUUUGUUGGUAUUUCACCUCCACACUCCAGAUAGAGUUUGAAUGCAUUAUUUAGUAACUAAUAAUUCAUAUGUAAAAUUUUUAUUUUUAGGGCGCCUAUUUAUUUUUAUAGGUGUUUUCUUCUGGUUACAAGUUUAUUAUAACUUUUGAAAUAAUGCAACCAAUUGUAAUGUUCAAAAUAUUUGUACUUGUCUUCCAAAUAUUCUAUUUUCAUGUGAAAUCAGUUUCUCUGGUUCCAGCUUUUUUUGAUAAACUGAUCUUUAAGUUGAUACGGUUGGACUUCUCUUGGCAUCCACGACCUGUGGCUUCCUCCCCCCACCACGCCGCCCCCUGCUGUGUGGAUUACGAAUUUUAAGAUAAACGU